AUGGGGUCGGGGGUCAGGGGGGCACGGGCAACCCGUAGGUCCUGCACGUGGACAGGGUGGAGUGGAGUGUACGUGUGCGUAUGGAGACUUGUAUUAGUGUGCUGCGGAAUCCGGACCGUUCCUGCUCAAACCUCAAGAGACAGCAAGUCCGUGUACUUCUGGGAAACAGGUCCUUGGGGAAGGUGUAUGGGCAGCGAGUGUGGCCCGGGUGGCACUCAGAGCCGAGCUGUGUGGUGUGCCCAUGUGGAGGGCUGGACCACGCUUCCCACCAACUGCCAGCAGUCAUCACGCCCGGCCAACCAGCAGAGCUGCUUCCACGUCUGUGACUGGCAUCGCGAGCUGUAUGACUGGCAGCUUGGCUCCUGGAACCGGUGCUCGCCUGUAGCCCAGAACUCAGGAGGCAGCGGGCACUGUUUACAUGGCGAGGCAGGAAUCCAGACACGGGAGGUGAACUGCGUGCUGAGAACUGACGGUUCUCUAGCCGACAAUUCCAUCUGCGAGUACUUUGAACCGAGGCCACGGCUGGAGCAGGCCUGUCUGAUUCCGUGUCCAAGGGACUGCGUGGUGUCACUCUUCAGCCCAUGGACUUCCUGCUCCAAGACGUGUGGUUUAGGCCUGCAGAAUCGCGUCCGCUCUGUCCUGGCACCGCCGCUGUUCGGAGGCAUGCCAUGUCCCAACCUUACCGAGUUCCGGACAUGUGCACCAAGGCACUGUGAGGGCAGGGAGAUGGUCUUCAACUUGCGCUUGGGAUCCUGGAGCGAGUGCCGCCUCCAUCCUGUAGCACCACCAGUGUCGUCUGUUUCUGUCUCGCCACCUCGUGUUACACGCCAAGCUCGACGCAGGAAAGGUAAAGAACGGCAGGGUGUGAGGGAUCCAGAGACACGCGAGCUCAUCAAGAGCAAACGGAACCGCAACAAGUUGAAUCGGCAGGAGAGCAGCCUGUGGGGCAUUGAGGUGGGAUACCAGGCGCGACAGGUCGUCUGUGUACACCGCAAUGGCAGCACCGUCCCUCUCAGUUACUGCCCCCACUGGAGCCUCCCAGAUCUUCACCGGCCGUGCCUAAUGCUUAAAGAUUGUGUGGUGGGCGAGUGGGCGGAGUGGGCUCCAUGCUCGAAGACGUGUGCUGACCCAGACACCCCGACAGGCAUCCGGACCCGCAGCAGGGACAUUCAGCAGCUCCUGGUAGGUGGAGGAGCCCAGUGUCCGGUGCUGGAGGAAAGCCAGCUGUGCGAGCCAGUGGGAGACAGCGUCCCACCGUGUCCCAUCCACACCUGGAGGACGACGGAGUGGGCGGAGUGUCGGGUGGACGUGUUGCUCAGCCAGCAGGACCGACGUCGCUCCAACCAGACUGGUUUGUGUGGAGGAGGCAUGCAGACCAGGGAGGUGUACUGCGUCCGAGCUAACGCUGAUCUGAUUUCUGACCUCAGCACCAGCCGAGACAAGCCAGAAAGCCGAUCUCAGAGCAGCCAGAAGCCCAGUGUCCCGCCCAGCCUUUCCACCACCAUUGAAAACAUGGCACCUCAGCCAGUGGACAGCCAGAUGUGUGUGGGUCCUGUGCCAAGUACCAGCCAACUGUGCCACAUCUCAUGCCCAGUGGAGUGUGAGGUGUCUCCUUGGGGGGCCUGGGGACCAUGCACCUUCGAAAACUGUAAUGAUCAAACUGUGAAGAAAGGUUUUAAAUUCCGCCGGCGAAAGAUCACAAACUUCCCGACAGGUGGCGAGGGCAGCUGUGCUCACCUGGUGGAGGCCACGCCCUGCGACGAGCCCAGCUGUUUCAGCUGGCAGCUGCUCGGGCUGGAGGAGUGCGUUCCUGCCGAGGACACGGACUGUGGGCCAGGAAGUCAGCUUCCGCAGAUCCGCUGUGUCGACACUGAUGGUAAUGAGGUGAAUAAGGAGCUGUGUGAUGAAGCGUCACUCCCCGGCCCUGUUUCUUGUGUUGUCCCAUGUCCUAAUGACUGCGUCCUCAGCCCCUGGACAUCUUGGUCCACCUGCUCACAGACAUGCUCGAGCAAAACAGCCGAGGGCAAGCAGACGAGAACGAGAGCCAUUCUGGCUUACAGCGCUCGAGAAGGAGGCUCCAGCUGUCCAAAUGCCAGCGCACUACAGGAAAUGAGGAGCUGUAACGAGCAUUCCUGCAUUGUUUACCACUGGCAGACUGGACCAUGGGGGCCUUGCACUGAAGACACUUCAGUCACCAUGCUCAACUCUACCCGGACCACGCCCUCCGGACAGGGCAAGACAUCCUGCACCAUGGGCAUGCAGACCCGUAAGGUCAUCUGCAUCAAGGUCAACGUUGGGCAGGUCCCACCCAAAAAAUGUCCAGAAGCUCCUCGUCCCCCGUCAGUGAGACAGUGUGUGCUGCCCUGUAAGAAGGACUGUGCAGUAACAGCCUUCAGUGACUGGACACUGUGCCCUUCAGCCUGUGGAGCAGGACCCAGUGACCCCAAGUACAACCAGUCCCGUUUCCGUGUGAUCGUCCAGAAGCCGGCAAACGGAGGCGUGGACUGUCCUGAGGUGCUGUCUGAGGAGAGAGAGUGUGAGGUUCCUCGUCCAGCCCCUGUGUGUCCCGGGUACAGGUGGAAAAUGCACAAGUGGCGCCGGUGUCAGCUCGUCCCAUGGAGCAUUCGGCAGGACACCAGAGGUGCUCAGGAGGGAUGCGGGACGGGGCUACAGACCAGAGCGGUCUCAUGUCGGCACCUGGACGGUUCUGUAGCAGACGUAGCCCAGUGUCUGAAGUUUACGAGCUCCAUGCCAGCUGUAAGCCAGCUGUGCCAGCUGCCAUGCCGAGACGACUGCCAGCUCACCAACUGGUCCAAAUUCUCCCCGUGUACUGCCGACUGCGUGGGCGUGCGCACGAGGAAAAGGAGCUUAGUGGGAAAGAGCAAAAAGAAAGACAAGUGCAAGAACAGUCAGGUGUACCCUCUGAGCGAGACGCAGUACUGCCCCUGUAAUAAGUACAACGCCCAGCCGGUGGGUAACUGGUCUGACUGCAUCCUACCUGAGGGCUCCGUGGCCGCUCCGGGGACUCGAGUGCAGGGGGACAGCCGGGAGUGUGGACAGGGCUACCGCUACCAGGCCAUGGUGUGCUACGACCAGGACAACAGGCUGGUGGAGACGUCACGCUGCAACAGUCACGGGUACAUCGAGGAAGCAUGCAUCAUCCCGUGCCCCUCAGACUGCAAGCUCAGCGAGUGGUCCAACUGGUCACGCUGCAGCAAAUCCUGCGGCAGCGGGGUCAAAGUUCGCUCGAAAUGGCUUCGGGAGAAACCGUACAAUGGUGGGAGGCCCUGCCCCAAGCUUGACCAUGUCAAUCAGGCACAGGUGUAUGAGGUGGUGCCGUGUGUGAGCGACUGCUCUCAGUAUGUGUGGGUGGCCGAGCCAUGGAGUACGUGGAAAGUCAGCAAUGUGGACCUGAAGGAGAACUGCGGUGAUGGGGUGCAGACCAGGAAGGUCAGGUGCAUGCUGAACACCAUCGACGGCCCCACUGACGUGGUGGAGGAUUACCUGUGUGACCCAGAGGAGAUUCCCGCAGGUACACGGGAGAGCAGGCUGCCGUGUCCGGAUCACUGCGUGCUGUCCGAGUGGAGCUCCUGGACAAACUGCCAGCUGCCUUGUAGUGACCAAGAGGAUCGACAGAGAACAGCUCAUGCACUUCGCAUGCCCAAAGAAGGGGAGGAAUGUCCCAAAAGCAUGGAGGCGGAGCCAUGUGUGUUCAACAGGAACUGCUUCCAUUACACCUACAAUAUCACAGACUGGAGCACGUGUCAGUUAAGUGCCAGCGCUGUGUGUGGUAGAGGGCUGAAGACCCGCAUGCUGGACUGUGUGAGAAGUGACGGAAAGUCAGUGGACCUCAGGUUUUGCCAGAAGCUGGGUUUGGAGAAGACAUGGCAGAUGAACGCUUCCUGUAUGGUCGAGUGCCCGGUAAACUGCCAGCUCUCUGAGUGGUCAGCAUGGACAGAGUGUUCUCAGACCUGCGGCCUGGAGGGGAGAAUGUUGCGUAGGAGGACAGUGGUCCAGGUGUCUCAGGGUGAUGGCAGACCUUGUCCCUCUCUGAUGGAGCAGUGGAAGCCGUGUCCUGUUCGACCGUGUUAUCACUGGCAGUACAGUGCAUGGUCUGAGUGCCGUGUUGAGGAAGUGGUGUGUGGAGAAGGCCGUCGCUUUCGGAACUUGUCCUGUUUCGUGUCCGACGGUUCCCGGGACGGCCAGGUCAGCGUGGUGGAGGAUGAGCUGUGUUCCGGCCUGGAGCUGGCUGUUGAUGGGGACAAAAAGAUCUUUCUGGAAGAACCAUGCACUUUACCUUGCCCAGGUGACUGUUACCUGAUGGAGUGGUCGGACUGGAGCCCGUGUCAGAGUGUGUGUGUGAAAGAUCAGCGUGUGGACCUGAGUGCUGUGCAGGUGCGAUCGCGAGCCGUCGUCGCCCAGGAGCCUGAAAAUAUUUGGCAGUGCCCUGAGCAGGAGUGGCAGUCCCGUCCCUGCACCGGCGGUGAGUGUUUUGACUAUAACUGGGUGAGCGCUUCUCAUUCAGUCUGGUGUGAGCGCUCAGACGGAGUAAACGUCACAGGUGGCUGCCCCCCAACAGUGGCACCAGGGGUUGAGCAACCAUGUGUCCCAUCAUGUGACAAGCCACGUUCCUUCUGCUCCAAGGAAGCUGUGUGUGAGUGCGAGGAAGGCUACACUGAAGUGCUGUCUCCUGAAGGUCUCCUGCAGCAGUGUGCUCAGAUCCCAGUGCUGGAGAUCCCCACAGCAGGGAUCAAAAACGAAGACAUGAAGACUAGCCGAGCCAUCAAUCCUACUGCCUCCACCACAGAUGGGCCGGGCUCGACGGGGCGCACGUGGUACCUCAAACCCUUCGGACCUGACGGCAGACUGAAGACGUGGGUUUACGGCGUGGCGGCCGGUGUGUUCGUGCUCCUGGUGUUUAUAGUGUCCAUGGCUUACUUAGCGUGCAAAAAGCCAAAGAAACCACAACGACGACAAAAUAACAACAGGCUGAAGCCUCUGACUUUGGCGUACGAUGGCGAUGCUGACAUGUAGCCCUGCUGACUGACACACACACACACACACACACACACACACACAGCAAGAAGACAAGAAGAUACCAUUUUAUUUUAUUUUAAAAACACACACAGA